AUGGAGAAGAUUCACUUCCCUGAGACGAUAUUCACAAUUCACCAAGUGCUCAUCUUGGUCUCGAUCCUAGUCAAGGACUUGUCUCUCAAGUCCAUGUCCUUCCUCCAGGACUUCGUCGGAUUCUGCACUUGCAUGUCCGUUUUGCAUCAUGAUGAUGAUGAUGAAGAUCAGAAACAGCAGCAGCAGCUACAAGAGCCGCCUGUGCAAAAUGCUGCCUCUGUUGAGGGUCUCCGAAGAGGGGACUUGGAGCUAAUUCUAUCAAGAAUGGGCUUGGAUCCGAGCGAAGAAGACGAAGAGGAGGAGGAUCUAUACGAGCUCCUCCCGAACUUGUUCGCGGAGGAGGAGCCGAGCUUGGAGGAGCUGAGGCAGGCCUUCUUCGUCUUCGACAAGAACGACGACGGCUUCAUCGACGCCCGCGAGCUGCGCAGGGUUCUCUCGGAGCUCGGAGUCCGAGAUCAGAGGUUGGAUUUGGACGCCUGUGAAAGGAUGAUCCGAGUGCACGACCGGAACCGCGACGGAGUGAUGGAUUUUGGGGAGUUCGUAAGGUUCAUGGAGAUCGGUUUUUGUUGA